AUGAUGAAAAAAGUCCGUGAAUCCUCAUCAAAAUCUUCUUAUGCACUCAGUACUUUUGGGCAUCUGCUAGGUGAUUUCGCCGCUUUGCCAUUUAUUGCACGCAUUCUAAAGACAAUCAUUAACACAAUUUUGUCUUCACGGGGUAUGUUUGAGCAACCAGUCUCCCUUGAGCGACCGCAGUCUUUUCACCGACGAAUGUUUUCAAAUUCUACAGCACAUUCAGCACGUCACUAG